CUUGUCCGCGUUUUAAACCGACCAAUGAGAGAUUUAUCAUAUUUGUUUGCGGAAGUGGAGCUGCUAUUCUCCAGAUGAGUACCUGUUCACUGGAGCAUCCCAACGGGCAGGAGGCCGACUCUCUCCCCGCCAAGAGGCUCUGCAAGGGGGAGUGCGCGCAGGAUGGGUCGGUCGGAGGUGGAGGGGGGAAGGCAAGCACGGCCGUGGAGGUGUCUAUAGUCAUACCAGUGCAUAACGCCUCCUGCUGGCUGGAUGAGUGUCUGCAGGGGAUUGUGGACCAGGACUACACUGGCUCUAUGGAACUGUCUGUCUACGAUGACGCCAGCACUGUGAGUUCCUAG